AUGAUAUUCGAAUUCCUAGAUGAGAAUGAACUUUCCUCAGGAAGCUCAUACAAUUCAGGCGACGAUUAUAUGAGUAUCGAUUUAGAAGAAGAUGAAGAUUCGUGUGAUCCGGGGGAGAAUAAAUUGUUUUGGGAAACUCGGGAAAAACUACUCACUGAUAAUCUGUUUAGAACUAGUUCCAUGGAGUUGAAAAUUAGACUAGCAACGAAAGAGAUUGUGAAGGAGAUUAAAUCAGCAAAAGUUGGUGUUUGUAACUGUGGCAAGACCGAGAUUAAUGGUUGUUGGCUGUGUUUUCAGAGGGAAGUAUCUGACCGACUACGAAAGGCCGGAUAUAAUUCAGGCAUUUGCAAGGCCAAGUGGACUAAUAUUAAAGAAGUUUCAGCAGGAGAACACACAUACAUAGAAGUAUUGGACACUUUAAGUUCUAAAAAACGGGAUAUAAGAGUUAUUAUUGAGUUGAAUUUCCGGUCUGAAUUUGAAAUUGUCAAGGCUAGCCAAGAAUACAACCAUCUCAUAAGCUGGCUACCCGAAAUUUAUGUUGGAAAAACAGAAAGACUGGAAUCAUUGAUCAAAAUACUAUGCUUAGCAUCAAAGAAAUGCAUGGAAGAUUGUAAAAUGCAUAUAGCUCCAUGGCGUAAGCUCAAAUAUAUGCAAGCUAAAUGGAACGGGAUACGUGAAUCAAAAGUCGUUUUAUUACAAGAUAUAUUCCCUGGAGUACUCAAGCGUUCAAACCGUUUGUCAAGGACGACAAUGGUUUCAUUACUUACUUUUGAUUUGGUUGAGAGCUUAAACUCGUCAUCCUGUCUAAAUUCUAUGGCAAUUGAAGUUUUGUAA